GGUCGGUCCCAGACACAAACUCCAUGGCUUUUCUGCAACUACCAUCUCCAUUCUCUAAAACUACUUCCCGGCAUUUACCGUCGACACCCAUCACCUCAUCACCUCACCUCUCCCUGCCAACCUCCGCAAGCCUCAAACCACCCAAUUGGGUGCCGGAUUUUCGACGCAGGUCUUUGAGUUGGGUUUUCUCCGGCACCAUUGCUCUUACUCUGACUACCACUGGAAUUGGAUUUGCAGAGGCAAAGGUUGGGGUUAACAAGCCAGAAUUACUUCCUAAAGAGUUCUCUACUGUCAUUGAUGUAGCCGGGUUCCUCUCUGAUGGCCAGGAGAGAAGACUUACACAGGAGAUUGCUGAUAUUGAAAAGGAUACUGGCUUUAAGUUGAGAGUUCUGGCACAGAAUUAUCCUGAAACACCUGGACUGGCAAUUAAAGAUUUUUGGCAAGUAGAUGAUAGAACUAUUGUGUUUGUGGCUGAUCCAACUUUUGGAAAUAUUCUGAAUUUCAACGUUGGGGCUUCAGUUGAUCUAGACAUUCCACGUAGUUUCUGGAGUCGUUUGACAGGGAAAUACGGAAACAUGUUUUUUUGGAAAGAAAAGGGGGAAGAUGCAUCCAUUGAAGCAGCUGUUAUGGCCAUUUCUAAUUGCCUGAGAGAACCUGUUGGUCCAAACAAUUGCUCUGAGGUGAAAUAAUACCAAGUCAACUACUACAAGGAAGAUAUAUAUCAACAUACCAUGUAAGAUUUUUGUUACCUUCCCUGUAAUUCCUUUUUUUUUUUCACCUUAAUGAAUACAUUUUUAAAUUUUCA